AACAUCUCGGUCCAGCAGCACGAGGGAAAGAGGGGCGGGUCGGCAGGCAGCGGCAACACUGGCCUGCCCGCCGUCCUCGAGGUCGAGAAGUUCGCCCAAGCUCGAGUGUUCGAGAUCGCCGCCAUGAAACGCGCCAUGAAGUCGGCCAAGGAGGCCGGGACGCAGCGCGCCUUCCAGUCGCUACCACGACACCUACGGCGGCGUGCGGCGAGCCACAACAUCCGCCGACUGCCAUUGCGCCUGCGAGAGCGUGCGCGAGGCGAGGUCCCGAAGGACGCGGCCAAGCCCAAGCGCGUGUCGAGGAAGAUGCUCGGCCGGCACAGAACGCGCCCGGGCCUCAAGGCCGAGAUGUUCAAGAACCGCCAGAAGGACAAGCUCUGGCUCGAGACGCACGUCUGGCACGCCAAGCGCAUGCACAUGACCGAGAUCUGGGGUCACCGUCUUGCCGAGAAGCCGACGGCGAAAGCUUUUCGGGCGUCGUACCGGGCGUCGCAGCACGGCGCGCUCGUCCACGACGCGAGCUACUACCAGUACUUCGAGCUCGUCGGCCCAGUCGAGGACCUCGACAAGGUGCUUCAAGUCGUGUGCGACCCGGCUGCGCCUCUGCCUACAUUCAAGCGCUACUCGACCGGCUCGCGCGAGUACACGACCAACGUCUACGACGCCGCCCAGGUCUACCCUCAGGGUCUUCUCGGCCCUGCCACCUUCAUCUGGGCGCCUGUACCUUCAUCGAGCGACGCGCCGACCGCCUCGACCAGUUCCACCCCGCCACCUCCUCCGAGGCGCACCUUGCUCGUCCGCGUCCACCCGGCCGUCGCGCGCUCGGCCGCCCUGUCGAUCGACCACGUACUGCGCGACCUACGUCUCGGCCUGUCGGUUGCGCUCAACCGGUACGAGGGCGAGUUCCUGACGUUCGAGGUGACGGGCAGGAGGGCGACCGAGGUGGUCAAGGCGGUGCUCAAGCCGGUCAAGGGCUCGAGCGACACGACCAAGGAGGCCUGGCGCAAGCUCGACCCGGCGGCAGGACCCGGCGGCGUCCCUGCGGGCAUGAUCCUCGGGCUCGAGGUGUACGACCCUCGUCUUUCGUUCCCGCCGCAGCUCGACAAGCACUCGCCCACCCUCGACCCGAGCAACCCGCUCGUCCCCUCGGCCGACAUCGCCGCCUGCCCCUCCUUCUGGUCCCGCCCUCACCGCGCCUCGAUCCACACGCCGCGCUACAAGAAGCGCGACCUCGACGCCCGCCGCUCGCACAACCUCGUCCCGGGCACGCGCCUCGACCCAAUCGCGCAGGACGACCGCAUCCCGGUCCUCCUCUCGCAGCGCACGCUCGGCCCCGCCGGCGCCGACUCGACCCUGCACGGCUGGACCCUCACGGUCCCGUCCGGGUGGGGCAUGCCCUUCUUCGCGUCGCUCGUCUACUCGACGCCGCGCGUCGGCGGCCUGCGCGAGCGGUCGCACCAGUUCUACGAGGCGGGCGCGGCGCGUUUCCCCGAGGACUUUGUCGGGACGCCGGGCUUUGCCGAGCACGAGGUCAGGAGGGAGGACGAUGAGCGCGGGUACUGGGAGAGGAGGCCGCCGGCGAAGAGGCCGAGCUACGGCAAGCUCGGCACGAGGUGGCCGUGGAGGAUGGAGAUGGGCGAGGUGCUCGACUUGGCGUGGCGACGCGGGACGGGCUCGGCCGCGGCCUUGCUCGCCCGGGCACGCGCACUCGCGUCCGACUCGGCCGACGCGAUGGACGAGGACGGCUCGCCUGCACCUCGCGCGAGGGCCAAGCAGCUCGAGCAGCGCCUCACCGCCGACUGGGCCGCCCUCUCGUCGUCGCCCUCCUCUCGACCCGACUCGCUUCUGCGCCGCGCCAUGGUGCGCGUCGAGCUCGUUCCCUGUGUGCGAGGCGUCCCGCAAGAUCUCGGCAUGGUCUACGAGGUCGGCGAGGCGGCUGCCGAGGAGGUCAAGGCCAAGAUGGACGCGGCCAAGAAGGGGUCCGAGCCGCGAGCGACGGGCGAGUACGACGGCGCCGAGGAC